GUAAGGAGCAGUCACAGGUUGGGAUCAGGCAGAAGCGUAGUCGAGAACAAGCCAAGGUCGGUAAGGAGCAGUCGCAGGUUGGGAUCGGGCAGAAGAGUAGUCGAGAACAAGCCAAGGUCGGUAAGGAGCAGUCGCAGGUUGGGAUCGGGCAGAAGAGUAGUCGAGAACAAGCCAAGGUCGGUAAUGAGCAGUCGCAGGUUGGGAUCGGGCAAAAGCGUAGUCGAGAACAAGCCAAGGUCGGUAAGGAGCAGUCGCAGGUUGGGAUCAGGCAGAAGCGUAGUCGAGAACAAGCCAAGGUCGGUAAUGAGCAGUCACAGGUUGGGAUCAGGCAGAAGCGUAGUCGAGAACAAGCCUAAGUCGGUAAUGAGCAGUCGCAGGUUGGAAUCAGGCAGAAGCGUAGUCGAGAACAAGCCAAGGUCGGUAAGGAGCAGUCGCAGGUUGGGAUCAGGCAGAAGCGUAGUCGAGAACAAGCAAAGGCCGGUAAGGAGCAGUCGCAGGUUGGGAUCAGGCAGAAGCGUAGUCGAGAACAAGCCAAGGUCGGUAAGGAGCAGUCGCAGGUUGGGAUCAGGCAGAAGCGUAGUCGAGAACAAGCCAAGGUCGGUAAGGAGCAGUCACAGGUUGGGAUCAGGCAGA